AUGGCACCCUCAGCAGCACCACUGACUCCCGGCUUUGGCAGUUUUCAGAAAGUUCUGUCCACUGAGCCCAUCGACUCCUCCAUAACAUAUCUUGUCUCUCUUCUCAAGCGACGACAGAUCAAAGGUUCAAAACGAUGCGCUGUCGCAACCACCCUCCUCCUUCUUCGGACAGUCGAACUCACCAAGCAAGCCGACUCCGAAAGACUGAUCCAGAGGGUCACUGACGUUGGCAAAAAGUUAAUAAACGCUGCGCCGCAUGAACUGUCCGUUGGGAACAUCGUCCGGAGAGUCCUGGGUAUCAUCCGAGAAGAAGACGAAGAUGAUGCUGCUGCAGCCGGCGGUGAUGGAGGAAGCGGAGAGAGCGAUGCAGGUCUUGAUCCUCCUACGCCCAUAGAGCGAGCGCCCUUGUCGCAAUUCACAGCCAACGCUUCUUCCAACCCCAGUGCAUCACCACAACGGACUGUGUCCCGCCCUCCACUACUGUCCUCUCAUACGGGUGCGCCGGGUGGUGCUCGGCCCGUUACAUCCAUGUUCAGUAUCAUAUCUCAUCCGACCAUGCGCGCCGCGGGUGUUGAGUCCCCCCUUCAAGGCAGCGGCACCCUCACACCCCGAAUGAGUGUGUCCGGCUCUUUAUCGAACCUCCGGCAGGAAGUCAUCAAAGGCAUCAAAGAGAUUAUUGACGAGAUCAGCGGGUCCGACGACGAAAUUGCUUCUGCAGCCCUCGAACAGGUCCAUCCGCACGAGACCAUUUUCACCUACUCCUCCUCUGUCACCGUUCAGAGAUUCUUACUCCGCGCUGCAUCAAAGCGCAAGUUUACCGUCAUCCAUGCCGAAGCCUACCCGAACAGUUACCACAAGACGCACGCCCUCCUGACCGGUGGCCAAGACGGCUCAGAGGAUGAUGACAUGCUUCCCAACGAGUCCUUCUCGAAACCCCUAACAGCAGCUGGGAUCUCGGUCAUCAUGAUCCCGGACUCGGCCAUCUUCGCCAUCAUGUCCCGCGCCACCAAGGUGAUUCUCGACACGCACGCCGUACUGGCGAACGGCUCAAUAGUCGCAGCGGCUGGGUCAAGAGCCGUCAUUAAAGCUGCUCGUUUCCACCGUGUUCCUGUCGUCGUGCUGGCGGCCACGCACAAGCUAUCGCCAACGUACCCCUAUGAUCCCCACUCGUUGAUUGAGUACGGCGAUGCAGGAAAGGUCAUCCCCUUGCAGGAUGGCGAGCUGCACUCAGGAUUAGACGUCGGCGUGAGGAAUCCAUUGUAUGACUAUGUCGAAGCUGGCGAUGUCGAUUUAUUCGUCACGAACCAGGUGCCCGCUGUUGUGAGCACUGGAUAUCUAUAUAGAGUGGUCAGGGAGCAGUACCACGACGAGGAUCUGCAGCUUUGA